AUGUCGCGGCGCACGCUGUUCGUGGCCAAUCUGUCAGAGACGACCACAGCGCGCGAUCUCGCCUGGGAAUGCGAGCGCUACGGCCCGCUGGGCUUCGCCUUCGUCGAAUUUGUAGAUGAGCGUGAUGCCAUCGCUGCGCACAGCGAGCUCGCUCACCGUCGUAUCGAUGGCCGCCAUCUGACCGUCGACCCGAGCCCGCGCGACCGCGACGACAGGAGGGACCGUGACCGCCACCGGGAGGUGGACAGACGCGACCGCCACGACUCCCCGCGCGGCAGGGACCACCGCGACAGGGAGCGUAGGGCUGACUCGGACCGAGACAGGGACCGAGAGCGCAGAGACGUGGACGGCAGGAGGGACGCCGGUGCCGCGCCCUCCAAUGGCCGCGCCGACGCCGAGGCGGCCAGGCCCUCGAGGGCUGACAGAAGCCCCAGCCCGCGCGACCGCGCCGCCGAAUCGCCCCAGCGCGCCGCUGCGCCUCGCUCGCCUGCCGCCGCCUCGGACGACGUGCCGAGGCCCCACUCGCAGGAGCGCCAGGUCGAUGCUGCCGAAGACAAGGAGGGAAGCAGGACUCCCGAGAGGGAGCUCAGCCCGCCUCUGUAA